AUGAUUCAUGAAAGUCAAAUAGUAGAACAAAAAGAUGAAUGGGCCAUAAGUACUCAUACUAAAAAAGAGCCAAACAAUGAAUAUUUUGGUAGACUUAUUAAUGAUGCCUUAUAUGUUCGUCUUGAUAUAGAGACACAAUUAUCGAAAAUUGGAAAUAUCCUUUUUAAAAUUUGGAAAAUUCCAAAACCUAAUUUGAUUAUGUCAAUAAUUGGUGGUGCAAAGUAUUUUAAAUUGAACAGUAAACUUGCAUCAAGUGUUAUUAAUGGGAUUAUGAAUGUUGCUCUUAAGUCAAACGUAUGGAUGAUUACAACUGGAUACGAUAUUGGAAUUGUACAACUUGUUGGACAAGCAAUUCAUACAUUUCAAUCAAGAAAUCCGAAACGAAAUAUGAUUGCUAUUGGUAUUAGUAAAUGGGGAACUCCGGUUGUCACUAUUGUUGUUGAGGGUGGUACUAAUACUAUAGAAAAUAUGUAUUAUGAUUUAAAAGAAAAUAUUCCCGUUGUCAUUAUCAAUGGUAGUGGUCGUAUUGCUAAUUUUUUCGGUCGCUGGUUAGCACGUGUAAAAAAUGUCAACGAUGAAUUUGAACAAGGUAAAGUACCAUUUGAAAUUGAAGAAUUGAACAUAGAACGUACAACAUCAAUACCAGUCUUAGACAACGACAAAAAAAUAAAAUCGGAAAAAAGAGUUGAUAUACAUGUUGAACUUCAUGUCAAUUCAUCUUUACAACGCAAAUAUAAAAAAGAAUUAGAAGAAGAUUUAAAAAAUAUUAUAGAUCAUAAUGAUUAUUCAUUGAAGAAAAAUCAAUCAAAUUCGAAAAUUAAAAAUAAGGAUUCAAAUAGAAAAGUGCAAAUUGCACUUAAUCAAGUUAUGUAUUGUUUACAGCCAGCUGUUAGGUCUCAAAUAACGGUAUUUAACUUAUAUUCAGACACGAGUUUAUCAGAAACAAUUUUUGAAAGCAUUUAUGAUUCAUUCAAAAGUUUAUUGAAAAGUACUGACAAAGGACAAACUAAACAAACACCGUUUCUCGAAUUAGCAAUGGAUUGGAAUUGCAUACAUAUAGCGAAAAAAUAUGUUCUCCUAAAUUCAUUAGAUAAUAUUUUGGAUCCUGAAGAAGCUUUUAUAAUUGCUUUACAAAAAGAUUUACCAGUAUUCGUCUAUGAAUUUCUUAAAUUAGGACUUGGGCCAGCUGAUAUAUUCUUUCCAUCAAAUAAAUUUCUUAAAGGACACCGUCGAUAUGAUAAGUUUAUUGAAAAACUUUAUGGAGAUAUGAUGGAUACCAAAAAAACCCAUUUAAAAUAUUUUAUCGAUAAGCGUGGAGUUGUCAGUAACAAAAAAAUUACAUCAGUUGAUACACUUAAUUCAAUUCUGGAAGCUCUUAUUGGUGAUUAUAUGCAUAAACUCUAUUUCGAUGCAGAAGAAUAUGAAGAACAGAAUCGAAUUAAAUGGGGAUUAAAAAAACCUACAGAAAAAGAUACAGAAAAUAAUAAAUCAUUGUCUACUGAACAAAAAAAACAUAAAGCAAAUAUAUAUAUAAUGCGCGAUUUAUAUUUAUGGACAAUACUAAUGAAUCGUAUUGAUAUAGCAAAAGUUCUUUUAGUUUUUAUGGAAAAUCGAAUAUGUUCAGCAUUGAUUGCAACAAAAAUUUUAAAACAAUAUCAUUCACUAACACAUUAUGGUGAAUUAAGAGAUAGUUAUGAGAAAAGUAUUAAAUAUUUUGAAAAAUAUGCAAUCGAUUGUCUCAAUAAAUGCGAAGAUAAUGAUGUAGACCGAACUUGUGAACUUAUUAUACAACAAAAUGAACUUUAUGGAUAUGUUACUUGUCUUCAAGUUGCAUCUGAUGCAAAUGAUAAAUUAUUUCUUUCACAACCAGCUUCUGUACAAACUAUUAAUAAUAUUUGAGUAAUUAUGGCUUAUGAUAUAGAACUAUGGUGGCUUCGUUCCUUAUCAUUUGUUAUCGUUAUACCAUUUCUUGGACCACAUCUAACAGCUAUUGGAAAAAUGAUGAAAGAUCUUUUAUUUUUCUUAUGUAUCUUGGCAAUUGUUGUGCUUGCUUAUGGUACUGCAUCUCGUUCAAUGGCGUAUUUUCCAACAGUGAACAAUUUUAGAAUAGAAUCAAAUUGUACUGUAGACAACAGUUUUGGUGCACGAAGUAUUUUUCGCCAUAUUAUAUAUCCUGUCUAUUAUUUAUUAUAUGGAAAGUUGAAUAAUGAACGAAGGUGUCUUGAUGAUGCUGGAUCGUCAAUUACAACUCAUAUUUUACUUGCUCUUCAUAUGUUAUUUGUUAACAUUUUACUGAUUACUCUAUUUAUUGCGAUGCUUAGUAAACGAUUUGAUCAAAUCUAUGAAGAUGCACGAAGAAUUUGGCAUUCACAACAAUAUUUAUUUCUACGUGAAUAUUUUGUACGUUCUCCACUUAUUAUACCACCAAUAACUGUUAUUCAUGAUGUUUGUCGUUUAUGUCAAAUGUUCUUCUAUUAUGUAACAACAAGGUUGUGUCAUCUAUCGUCAAGUUCAAGUCCGAAAAUUUUUGAAUCCAACGGGCGCCCGUUACAAACAUAUUAG